UAAGAACGGCAACACUGCAUAGCAUGUUCAUGGUGUUUGUUUACAAAUUUUGUGAAUGAAUUUUUAAUUGAAUAAUUACACAGAUAAUUUCAAAAUAUUAUUUUAUUUCAAGGCUCUUAAUAUAAAUAUCAUUUAUGCAAAUACAGUGAGUUGAGUGCUAAUUUACUUAGCUUUACUUUAAUGGCUAUGGAUUAUGAAAAUGAGGAAAUGAAAUGUGGAGAAAUAACUGCUCUAUUAUCAGGCCAUAAUGAAAAACAAUUCUUUCUAAAUUGCACAUUUUGUGAAUAUACAUUUCUACAUUUGGAUAAAUUUAUACAUCAUAUGUACGAAGAUCAUCUUUCUAAAUUCAAUAAGAAAAAUAUAAAGGAAUUCGAUCAAGAUUCUUUUGCAAAACCUGAUGAAAUCGACGAGCUGGCUGAUAAAAUGGACUUGGAGGGCGAAGACGAAAAUUAUUGUAAUUUAAAAGGAUUCGAGAGAGUUGAAAUUGAAUUACAAUCUGAAGAUAAAAACAGUCGAAAAGUGGUUAUUCCAAAAGAAUGUGGAGACGUUUACAGUGAUGAUAACAAUAUUAUUGUGGAAUCCGUUGAUAUAAACCAUUUAGAUUAUGCUUCUGGAAAAGUUGCUAAUGCAGAAAUCCGUAUCGAUGAACAGGAUAACAAUAUUUUUGUGGAAACCUUUGAUAUCGAUUAUAAAGAAAACACACCUGAAAAAGUUACUAAUGCAAAAAUGUCUAGGGGUGAACAAACUGUUGAUCUUGAAAAGUUAUUCCAUAAUAUUAAGAUGCAAGCAAUAUUUUCAAGUUAUGCAGAUCACCCAGAGUUAUGGAAUAAAAAACUUAGACAACCAACAAAAAAAGAAAAGGAGAUGAUUUUAAAAAAUAUAGCCUCACAUGUAGAUAUGCCAGAUGAAUGGAAAAAUAUUCAGAAAUUAAUAGCGAAAUUUCGGUUUCAACUUCAUACUGAACUUAUACGUAGAAGAAUUUAUGAAAAGAAAGGACGUGAGUACACACCGGCUUGGCUUACAGAUCUUAAAUCAUUUUUAAAACAAAGACCAAGUUUACAGAAAUAUCCCCACAAAACCCAAACUGUAGAAAUCAAAAAGCCAACUUUGGCACCGCCAUUGUUAACUGAUGGGCAAUAUAUCGCUUUAGCAGAAAUUUAUAGAAAGUAUCCAUGCCUUUGGGAUGAAAGUGACAUUACAUAUAGGUUUAAUAAUCGACGUCGUGAUGCGUUAGAAUGCAUACACCGAGAUUUUAAUUUGAAAACUGGAUUUUCUAUGACACAAAAGGAUUUAGAAAGCGAAAUAGCAAAAUUGAGAAAAAUCUGUUCCAACGAAAAGAACCAAAAAUUAAGAUGUAAACGAAAUAAAACUGUUUAUAAAUCGCCAUACUCAUACUCUGAUCACAUAGCUUUCAUCGAAGUAAAUGUGGCGCCAUAUGAAUGCUCAAUAUGUGGCGAAAUACUUUCUAGUUUAGGGCAAUUUAAGAUACAUCUAUCGGCGCACGAUGGUUCUUUACCAUACAAAUGUCAUAUAUGUGAUCAUGAAUUUAAGUGUGUUGCUAAUUUAACCGUACACUUGCGUAGACAUGUACAUGAUUACACACAUAAUUGUGAAAUUUGUAAUAAAUCUUGUGCAACAUCCAGCGAUUUAAAAAUACAUAUUCGCUCCCACACAGGUGAGAAACCAUACUUUUGUGAUAUAUGUGGGAAGAGUCUACGAACCGCAUCUUUAUUUAGUACGCACAUGCAACGCCAUCAAAACCGUCCUCGAUACAGUUGCGAGUUUUGUGACAAACCUUUCUACACAAAAGGUUUAUUAAGAGAGCACUUGCAUGUACACGUAAAAGUUCGAGAUAAAAUUUGUAAUAUAUGCAACAAAGGAUUUCCAAGUGAUAAACAAUUACGACAGCACAAAUAUAUUCAUGAUAAAGAAAAAAAAUUUGUUUGCAAAAUUUGCACGAAGCGUUUUGCCCAAUAUGCAGGUCUUAGCGGGCAUAUGAAAUCGCAUGGAACAUCAUUAGCUAACGUAAGAAAAUCUGAAAAAUCUAUAAAUAGUUGACAAUAGUUAAGUGAGAAUUUUAAUGUAACCUUAAUAAUGGAAAUAAAAUGCAAGGAAAUACAUUAGAUUUUAGAGUGCGAUAAAUAAAAUAAGAAAAUUUGAACGCAAUUAUAAACAAACCAC